UUUUGAAAAAGAUGUCAUACGAUGGAAAGAGGAGGAUGUGGUUUACAGUGAAAGCCACGGUUUCCCUGCAAUGUUGGAUCAAGUCAGAAAGCAAUCUUACAUGACAUUUGUUGGUGUCCCAGGAUCAGGAAAAUCGGCAACGAUUCAUCACAUAGCCCUGAUACUCCAGAAGGAAGAAUACGAGGUUGUACCUAUUAUAGACAUCAGGAAGAUCGAAGAUUAUUCUGACUCUCGUCAUCCACAGGUUUUUGUCAUUGAUGAUGUGGUAGGUGUUUUAGGUCUGCAAAAACAAAAGUUAGAGUCAUUGAUAGACUAUGAAAAAAGAAUUUCAGAUCCGUCCAAUAGAAAUACAAAGGUAUUAAUGUCAUGUAGGGAAGCAGUGUUUAAUGAAUGUUACAGAUCAUUUUUCCGAAAUGAAGAAAACACAAUUAAGAUACAUAGUUCCGAAAACGCAUUGAAUGAUGAAGACAGAAAAGCGAUUCUUCAGAAACACGGCUUGGAUAGAGAUUUGUUGUCCCCAACAUUACUUGGAGAAACAUUAGAUAUGUUUCCUCUAUUAUGUAAACUAUACUCAAAAGAGGAGAAAUUUAAGAACAAUGUUGAAAGGUUCUUUACCUGUCCAGCAGAAUGUAUUUUAGGACAAUUCAAUGAAAUGAAAGGGCGAAAUAGUUUGUGCUAUGCUACAUUGGUCUUGUGCAUGUUGAAUGAAAAAAAACUAUCAAAAGAAAUAUUAACAUUGAAAAACAUGGAAAACGACGUUUUCCAGGGAAUGAAAGCAAAAGUACUAGAAGAAUGUAAAGUUGAAAGUUAUACUGAUGCAUUCAAAUUUGUUGAUACAUUGGCAGCUAUGGAGGGUACAUACACAAAACUCUGUGGUACUGAGUACACCAUUAUUCAUGACUCUGUCUUUGAAAUCCUUGUGUAUCAUUAUGGAUGUCAGUUUCCAGAUCUUUUGUUGCAAUAUAUUAGCAGUAGUUACAUUGCUAAUAACGUGAAAGUACAAGAAUGUAAAGAAGAGUCAGAGGUUGAAUAUAAGCAAGAUGAAAAUGAAGAAUUUAGUGCUGAGGAGCAGGAAACAUUAAGUAGUGAAACAAUCCAGGACUCAUUUGAACUCUGCAUAAGGUUAAGAGAGGAUCAGUACCCAAUGUUAGCAGAGCGUUUGUACAGAGAUAUAGAACAUAUGGAGCUGUAUGAUGUUUUUAUGAAUAAUGUUUUAAAAGAUAAUAAGGUAUGUCAGGCUUUUAUUGAAGUAUUAAUGUCAAAAACGUACUCAGAGUUGAAGUCUUUGUUUCUUAUAGAACAGCAAGAUGUGUCUAAGGUUGUGAGUAAAGGAGAGCAUGUGAGUGAGGAGAGUGAGAAGAGGAGCAGGGAAUGGCUCAGACAGUGGGUGUUAGUGAAUGAGAAUUAUGAUGAUAUAGAAAUAACAUACAGUGUGAGGGUUAUAAGUUGGGUAGUUUACUACGGACACAAUCAGAUCUUACAAUAUAUUUUAAAACAAACUGAAUUACACAAAGAAACAGAGAUUGAACUAUUUUGGAAUUCCUUUAGCCCCAAAUUAAUCUAUGAAGCCAAAGAGAGACAAAAUAAAUCUGAAAAAGAUAAUGCCACAGACAAAUUAUUUUUUUCGAACUCCAUUACUGAUACAAGAAAUCAAAAACAGAGCAAUAGUUCGUCUGUUUCUGAACAAGACCGUUUAUUUUUAUUGAGUUGUUACAGUGGAGAUUUAGAGACUGUAAGAAUGUUAAUCAGGUAUGUCGAUAUAAAAGCGCAAAAGACAAAAACACAUUUGUUUUGUGAUAUACCACUGACAGCAGCAUGUAAAGGUGGACAUCUGAGUUUAGUGAAGGAGCUUAUAGAAGCCGGAGCUGAUAUCAAUCUACAAGUGAAGGAGCUUAUAGAAGCUGGUGCUGAUAUCAAUCCUCAAGAUGGGUAUAAUACACCACUGACAGCAGCAUGUGAAGGUGGACAUAUAAGUGUAGUGAAGGAGCUUAUAGAAGCCGGAGCUGAUAUCAAUCAACAAGGUAGGUUUAAUACACCACUGACAGCAACAUGUAAAGGUGGACAUUUGAGUUUAGUGAAGGAGCUUAUAGAAGCCGGAGCUGAUAUCAAUCUACAAGGUAUGUUUAAUACACCACUGACGGCAGCAUGUCAUGGUGCACAUAUGAGUAAGCCGGAGCUGAUAUCAAUCCUACGAGGUAAGUAUGAUACACCACUGACAGCAGCAUGUGUGGGUGGACAUAUGAGUGUAGUAAAGGAGCUUAUAGAAGCCGGAGCUGAUAUCAAUCAGCAAGGUGAUUGUGAUACACCACUGACAGCAGCAUGUGAGUGUGGACAUAUGAGUGUAGUGAAGGAGCUUAUAGAAGCCGGAGCUGAUAUCAAUCAGAAAGGUGAGUAUAAUACACCACUGACAGCAGCAUGUUAGGUUGGACAUAUGAGUGUAGUGAAGGAGCUUAUAGAAGCUGGAGCUGAUAUCAAUCAACAAGGUAAGUAUCAUACACCACUGACAGCAGCAUGUAAGGGUGGACAUAUGAGUGUAGUGAAGGAGCUUAUAGAAGCCGGAGCUGAUAUCAAUCAACAAGGUGAGUAUGAUACACCACUGACAGCAGCAUGUAUGGAUGGACAUACGAGUGUAGUGAAGGAGCUUAUAGAAGCCGGAGCUGAUAUCAAUCAACAAGGCACGUUUGAUACACCACUGACAGCAGCAUGUGAAGGUGGACAUAUGAGUGUAGUGAAGGAGCUUAUAGAAGGUGUAUCAUACACCACUGCAACAGCAGCAUGUGGGGGUGGACAUAUCAUUUUAGUGAAGGAACUUCUGGUAGCCGGAGCUGAUAUCAAUCCACAAGGUUUUAAAUCUACACCACUGACAGCAGCAUGUAAAGGUGGACAUAUGAGUGUAGUGAAGAAGCUUAUAGGUGCCAGAGCUGAUGUCAAUCAACAAGGUGAGUUUGAUACACCACUGACAGCAGCAUGUGAAGAUGGACAUAUGAGUGUAGUGAAGGAGCUUAUAGAAGCCGGAGCUGAUAUCAAUCAACAAGGUGAGUAUGAUACACCACUGACAGCAGCAUGUAAGGGUGAACAUAUGAGUGUAGUGAAGGAGCUUAUAAAAUCUGGUGCUGAUAUCAAUCUUCAAGCUGAAGAUGAUACACCCCUGACAGCAGCAUGUGAAGAUGGACAUAUAAGUGUAGUAAAGGAGCUUAUAGAAGCCGGAGCUGAUAUCAAUCUACAAGGUAGGUUUAAUACACCACUGACAGCAGCAUGUGAGGAGGGACAUAUGAGUGUCGUAAAGGAACUUAUAGAAGCUGGUACUGAUAUCAAUCAAAGGGGUGGGUUAAAUACACCACUGACAGCAGCAUGUGAGGGUGGACAUAUGAGUGUAGUGAAGGAGCUUAUAGAAGCCGGAGCUCAAGAUAUCAAUACACCACUGACAGCAGCAUGUGAAGGUGGACAUAUGAGUGUAGUAAAGGAGCUUAUAGAAGCCGGAGCUGAUAUCAAUCAGCAAGGUGAUUGUGAUACACCACUGACAGCAGCAUGUGAGGGUGGACAUAUGAGUGUAGUGAAGGAGCUUAUAGAAGCUGGAGCUGAUAUCAAUCAACAAGAUGAGUAUGAUACACCACUGACAGCAGCAUGUGAAGGUGGACAUAUGAGUGUAGUGAAGGAGCUUAUAGAAGCCGGAGCUGAUAUCAAUCAACAAGGUAAGUAUGACACACCACUGACAGCAGCAUGUAAGGGUGGACAUCUGUGUGUAGUGAAGGAGCUUAUAGAAGCAGGAGCUGAUAUCAAUCAACAAGGUAAGUGUAAUACACCACUGACAGCAGCAUGUUGGGGUGGACAUAUGAGUGUAGUGAAGGAGCUUAUAGAAGCCGGAGCUGAUAUCAAUCAACAUGGUAAAUCUGAUACACCUCUGACAGCAGCAUGUGAGGGUGGACAUAUGAGUUUAGUGAAGGAGCUUAUAGAAGCCGGAGCUGAUAUCAAUCUACAAGGUGAGUAUACACCACUGACAGCAGCAUGUGAGGGUGGACAUAUGAGUGUAGUGAAGGAGCUUAUAGAAGCCGGAGCUGAUAUCAAUCAACAAGUUGGGUAUUUUACACCACUGACAGCAGCAUGUGAGGAGGGACAUAUGAGUGUAGUAAAGGAACUUAUAGAAGCUGGUACUGAUAUCAAUCAGCAAUGUGAGCAUAAGACACCACUGACAGCAGCAUGUGAAGGUGGACAUAUGAGUGUAGUGAAGGAGCUUAUAGAAGCCGGAGCUGAUAUCAAUCCUAAAGGUAAGUAUGAUACACCACUGACCGCAGCAUGUAAGGGUGGAUAUAUGAUUGUAUUAAAGGAGCUUAUAGAAGCCGGAGCUGAUAUCAAUCAAAAAGGUAAGUAUGAUACACCACUGACAGCAGCAUGUGAGGGUGGACAUAUGAGUGUAGUGAAGGAGCUUAUAGAAGCCGGAGCUGAUAUCAAUCAGAAAGGUGAGUAUAAUACACCACUGACAGCAGCAUGUAAGGGUGGACAUAUGAGUGUAGUGAAGGAGCUUAUAGAAGCCGGAGCUGAUAUCAAUCAGCAAGGUGAGUGUGAUACACCACUGACAGCAGCAUGUGAGGGUGGACAUAUGAGUGUAGUGAAGGAGCUUAUAGAAGCCGGAGCUGAUAUCAAUCAGCAAGAUAGUUGUGAUACACCACUGACAGCAGCAUGUGAGGGGGGACAUAUUAGUCUAGUGAAGGAGCUAAUAGAAGCCGGAGCUGAUAUCAAUCAGCAAGGUAUGUUUGAUACACCACUGACAGCAGCAUGUGAGGGUGGACAUAUGAGUGUAGUGAAGGAGCUUAUAGAAGCCGGAGCUGACAUCAAUUUACAAGGUUAUUAUCAUACACCACUGACAGCAGCUUGUGAGUAUAAUACACCACUGACAGCAGCAUGUAAGGGUGGACAUAUCAGUGUAGUGAAGGAACUUAUAGAAGCCGGAGCUGAUAUCAAUCAAAGGGGUGGGUUAAAUACACCACUGACAGCAGCAUGUGAGGGUGGACAUAUGAGUGUAGUGAAGGAGCUUAUAGAAGCCGGAGCUGAUAUCAAUCAGAAAGGGAAGUAUGAUACACCGCUGACAGCAGCAUCUAAGGGAGGAUAUAUGAGUGUAGUGAAGGAGCUUAUAGAAGCCGGAGCUGAUAUCAAUCAAGGUAAGUAUGAUAAACCACUGGCAGCAGCAGUGCAGGGUGGACAUAUGAGUGUAGUGAAGGAGCUUAUAGAAGCCGGAGCUAAUAUCAAUCUACAAGGUGAGGGCCAUACACCAUUGACAGCAGCAUGUAAGGGUGGACAUAUGAGUGUAGUGAAGGAGCUAAUAGAGGCCGGGGCUGAUAUCAAUAAAAAAGGUCCUUAUGGUUAUACACCACUGACAGCAGCAUGUAAGGGUGGACAUAUAAGUGUAGUGAAGGAGCUUAUAGAAACCGGAGCUGAUAUCAAUCAACAAGCUUGGUUGCAUACACCACUGACAGCAGCAUGUGAGGGUGGACAUAUGAGUGUAGUGAAGGAGCUUAUAGAAGCCGGAGCUGAUAUCAAUCAGCAAGAUAGUUGUGAUACACCACUGACAGCAGCAUGUGAGGGUGGACAUAUGAGUGUAGUGAAGGAGCUUAUAGAAACCGGAGCUGAUAUCAAUCUACAAGGUGAGUAUAAUACACCACUGACAGCAGCAUGUGAGGUAGGACAUAUAAGUGUAGUGAAGGAGCUUAUAGAAGCCGGAGCUGAUAUCAAUCAGCAAGAUAGUUGUGAUACACCACUGACAGCAGCAUGUACAGAAGGACAUAUGAGUGUAGUUAAAGUGCUUAUAGAAGCCGGAGCUGAUAUCGAUGAGCAAGCUGAAGAUGAUACACCCCUGACAGCAGCAUGUAAGGGUGGACAUAUGAGUGUAGUGAAGGAGCUUGUAGAAGGCGGAGCUGAUAUCAAUCAGAAAGGGAAGUAUGAUACACCACUGACAGCAGCAUCUAAGGGAGGAUAUAUGAGUGUAUUGAGAGAGCUCAUAGAAGCUGGAGCUAAUAACAUCAGUCAGAUAAGUCAGAAACACCAAUGACAACAGCGGAUGAGGGUGAGAUGUUAUGAAUACUUACUAGAGGUUUAAUAUUUGAAGGAACUGCUACAGACUGGGGCUUAAUAUCAUUUACAAGAGUCCCUUAAUGUACAUCUAAGGAUAGAAUAAAUACGAUUGUGACAAAUCUGCUAGCACUCAUGUAUGGUAAUUAUAUAUAUAGAGGAAAUCGUCUUUAAUAAAAUUAAGACUGUAAUCUUUGCAGAAUCGAUUGAUGAUUUAAAGUUUGCAUUUCAUCUGUAACUUUUUUUUGUUUAGAAUGAUUGAUGGACAUAUAGUUUUUUUGGUGGAUGAUUUUAUAGAGAUGAUAUUAUUCUCCUGGGUGUGUAGGUUGAUGUUAUUGUCAGGGUAAGGUUCAGCAAGGAUGAUUGUGUGUUAUUUUAGCAUGGUCUGUCUGUUAAAGGUUAAACGAGACAAAUGUUCAGUGAGUUAAGAAUAAGCGAUACUUUUUUUUUGAAAUCGUUGCAUGUGUGCAUAUAAGAGUUACGGGUGCUGAAGAAUGUGCGAGACAGUAAAAGAAAGAAUGGUGACUCUGGACAAGAUUAUACUGAUACCGAUAUUUAAAAAUCGAAGAUUUGUUUGAAUACCUAAAACGUGCUGAGAGGAAGAUAGUGCUGAUUAAAUCAAAGAAAUGUGAAAGUUGAUGUUCUUUAGAAAAAAGUAAUUCCGUAUAGUGUACAUAAAAAAAUUAUAAAAAUAAGAGCUUAUGUCCUGACAUUAUACGCAAUGUUUUACCUACCCUCUCUUUAAAAGGUGUCUUGAAAUUUUUUUGUUAUUAUUUACAAGUAUUAAGACUUGCUUCAGAAAGAGAUCAGUCUUUAAUCAGUAUAUGUUGUUGUAUAUUAUAUAGAACGAUUUUACUCUUCUUUGGACUUUCAGUAGGGCGUAACUUUCUCGGCACUACGUAAUGGUGAAUACUAGUAGAUUUUCAUUGGUUACGAAAUUAAUAACAUCGGGAACUUAAAAUUGUUGUUGAUAACGAUUAGACGACUUAUGCCCCACCUCUGUACCGUGAGGAAACUUUUAAUUGGCUAUUUACUAUAUCAGUUGACACUCUGUCGCAUUUCUAUCAUAUGUAUAUUUCAACAGUGACGGGAAGCUGUGUAAAUUUCAGAAGCUAAUUUUUAUAAUUAGGUAACAUCGAGAAUGCCACGCCUUAUUGAAAGUCCAAGCUAAGCGUGUAAUGGUCCUAAAUUGUCCAAUUCACCAUGCAAAAGAAAAAAAAAUUAGUGCAUCCACUCUCAUUUUGAAUCAUUCUGCAAAGUUGGAACAAUUUUAGUCACAAAUGGCAUUGAGUGGAAACUGCCAUUCUCUACAAAUAAUUAAAUUUUACCUGUUCAUUCUUGACAUUAAGAGAAGGGUCCCUUUUUUGUUUCCAUACUUCAAUAUUUUAUAUUAUGGCUGUAAUGCGUCAAUUGUUUGGUUGAAAAGAAGUUUGUAUCAUGAGUUGCUGCUAAAUUGUGUGAAUGCUUAAUUUUUCUUUAUCUUUACUCUUUUGUUGCCCUCAAUUGUCUCUCAUGGUUUUUCUUUUCAAGUAUUGUUCAUUUAUUUAUAAAUAUGAUGCAUGAUAUAAUAUUACAUUUGUUUACAAUUAAAACAAAGAAAUCUUUGAAAUAGAAAAGGAAGAAUUUAAAAAAAAAUAUUUAAAAGAGUCAGAAUAUUUCUUAUUUUAUAUAUUUUUUUUAAUAAAUCACAUAAUAAAAAAAAUAUAGAGAUGCUUAUCAUUCAUUUUACUAUAAGGUACAUAUACAGAAGUUUUUGAGCAUUAAUUUUCAAUAUAUUGCAAAGUUUUUUAAUGGAACCUGAACGUAUCGUUGUACAUAUUCAGACAUAUACUUAGAUCAUCUAAUUUUUUUUUAACUUUUGUGGAAAUGUUUAUAUAGUUUUAUAUAUAACUGUUUAUAUAUACUUCAUCAUAUGUAAUACCUGUACUGUAAACGUAUUAUAUGCAGCAUGUGCGAUAUUUGUCGAAAAUUGAAUUUGGGACAAGUUGGUGUUGAUUUGAUUUGAUUUGAUUUAGCUCAUAUCCUAAUGUUCGUAUUUGAGUAUAAGCACAAGACAUUUAGCAAGUGUACUUGAAUAAGCGAGAGUUUCUUACCACCAAAUGUGCUAGAAAGUAUACAAAGCUUAAUGUCAUAAGUUUACAGUAUGUUGUUCAAUUCAGUUGUUACAGUUUUAAGUGUAUAUUUUGUAUAUCAAAUAAGUGGACAUUUGUAAUUGAUUUAAAGAAAUGUUCAGUUUCACGUGUUAUCAAUUACAUGUACUUUGUUCCUUAAAUGAAUUUUAUUCUCAUCUAAAUAUUAAUAAUAAACUUU